AUUCAAUUUGGCGAGGCGAAACCGCACAACGUAACGUGUGACAUUUUUUUUUCAUAGUCAAUUUUCUUGGAAAAACUUGGAAAAUAAGUAGAAAUUUGUAAAUAUUAAAUACCGAACGUUGUACUACUUAGUUGCGUUGCCAAAGCGAACCGGAAAACCCGAAACUCCCCGAUUCUGUGGAUAAUUGUGUGACCAAGAAAAAGUGCCGUCGUUGGGCAUUUGCGAAGAUGGCGAGACUCACAAAAGUUUAUAACACCGAUGAUGAUGAUUCCAGUUAUGUGGGACGCAGGCAUUUACCUUUGGUGGCAGGUGACAAGUUAAUGAUGCUGAUGGAUCUGAAUAGCAAAGGAUUGGUAAUCGAUAGCCCACAGAUUCGUGGUCGCGAACUAGAGGAAUUCUCGCGAAAAUUUAAUUUGCUAACCGAGGCGGAACGCAGACAAUCUCUAGAGAUUGAUAGCGAGAAUUUUAUGUCGGUGAUGAAUCAGUGCGUUCAAUGUGUGGGUUGUCGCCGGCGAGUAGAACGUUUGUAUCAUCAGCUGACCGAGUCAGGACAUCGAACACUGGAUCCACUGGAAUUGCGACCCACCGCCACUCUGGGCAUCAGCGAGGAGAAACUAAAAACGCCUCAGGCAUUGGGAACCUUGCUCUAUCGACAUCAUGAGGUGCUUAACAAUCUGCUUGACAGCAAAUUAAGGAAUAAGACACGUUGUGUCCUUCAUUCCUUGGAUGCGUUCCGUUCAAAACCCUUUUCGGAAACGUGGCGUGAGGUGUGGUCAGCCAUGAAGAAUAACUGCCGAAAUGAGUUGACCAUCAUCGAGACCAAGGAACUGCACGAAGUGCUCGAGAAUUACCUGAAAAAGCACAAGUUUUGCGCUGGGUGCCGCACAAAGAUUGAGCGUGCCUACAAGAUACUCAUUGGCGAGGUAUCGGCCAAGGAUAAGGGCUAUGCGGCCCAGCUGUACGCCCAAAUCCGUAAAUGUGUGCUUGACCAGCAUAUUCAUGUGAGCACCAACAAAAUCGAAUUCCUAGAUGCUCUUAUUAAGCGUGCCGAACCGGAGGUUAAUGGGAGCUACUCCAAAUUACGGGAACGUCAUGCCAAAACUCUCGAGAUUGCUCAAGAGGAGGUUCUCACCUGUGUGGGUAUGAUCAUGUAUGAACGCCUGCGCCGCAUAUACGUCAGUCUGCGGGAGGAGGAACGUGCCUGCCAAGUGCUGGCCGCUGUUGGUGUGCAUGCCCUUUGUCGCAGUUUCGACACGUUUGUGGAACAGAAACAGGGAAUUAGCAAUCUAGAGCUGCUCUAUCAGGAAAUUAGUCGUGCCGAGAAAGCCAAGGAAUUGAAGCGUGAGCAGAAGAAACUCAAGAAGAAGAAGAAGAAGGAUGAAAAGAAAAUCCUGUUGCACCUUCAGCGCAAAGAAGCCGGUGAAUCGGACGACGAGGAUGAGGACGAAGAUGAUGAUGACGACGAGAUACAUGUGGAAGUGGAGGAGGCUCAUAUGGAAGACGAUGGCAUUUUCAUUGUCGAGCCAGAACCUGAGCCUGAGCCCACCGUGCUAGUUCUGGAGGCAGCUCCAGUUCAAUCGACAUCGAAAUCGAAAAAGCAAUCGAAGAAAAAGAAGCAAAAAUCUGCCAACAAAAAAGGGAAAAAGUCGACAGCAGCAGCAACAGCCGCCGCCGUUGUAUCCUCUGCCACAUCCACCACGGCCAUUAGUUCCCAAUCUGCCUUGGAAGACGAGCUUGUGGAUGACGGUAAAUGUAAUAGCUGCUGUCACUUGGUCCCCAUGCCGAAUUGUCCCUGCGAGCAGGAUGUACGCGACUCUGGAUACGGUAGCGAUCCACCAACAUCGCAAGUAAAUUCGCGCACAUCCAGUGUGGUCUCUUCGCCCGAAGGCUCGGAGGUAUGCUGCUCGGAUGGACUGUGCAACCAUGAUGGUUUAAGCAUGGAUGAGGAAUCGCAGUCCAUGGGAGGAGUGGAUGACAGCUGUUAUGUGCCCGACGUGCUGCACCGCCGUUCGGCACAACUGGAACACAAGUUUUCAUUGCUGCAGAUGUGGGACGACUUUGACGAAUACGAGAAAGACGAAGAUGAUGAGAACUGUUACAUUCCACAGGAGGUGGUGCUGGCCUACAAAUACCAGCACGAGCAGGUGCAGCGUCAGCGUGAACAACUCCGGGCCACCUUGCGCCAGAACUUUGAGCGUCUGUGUCAAGAGCGUGGCGUGGACACUGCAUCUGCUGCUGGCCAUAUUCAAAUGCAUUAGAACCGUUGUAGUUAUUCAGUCGAAUGUGGUGAGAAUUUCUAAAAAUUCUCCCAGCACGCAUUCAAGCAAAAUACAUUAAAAUAUAAUUUUU